UAAGAUUUGAGAGCAAUGAAACACAUUCUUUUUCAUCCACAGUUUAAAGAAAUAAGCUUUGCAUAUGAAGUUUUAUCGAACCCAGAGAAGCGAGAACUCUAUGAUCGUUAUGGCGAACAAGGUCUGCGAGAGAGUGGUGGUGGAGGAAGUGGAAUGGACGAUAUUUUCUCGCAUAUCUUUGGUGGGGGCCUCUUUGGCUUCAUGGGUGGUCAAGGUAGAAACCGCAACAGUAGACGAAGGGGCGAGGAUAUGGUGCAUCCCCUAAAGGUUUCUUUAGAAGAUUUGUAUAAUGCAAAGACGACUAAACUACAGCUGAGCAAAAAUGUUCUUUGCAGUUCGUGUAGUGGUCAGGGUGGAAAGCCAGGAGCUGUUCAAAAGUGCACUGCUUGCCGAGGACGAGGUGUGAGGAUCAUGAUCAGACAGUUGGCACCAGGGAUGGUUCAGCAGAUGCAAUCUGUGUGCUCCGAUUGUAAUGGAGAAGGUGAGGUUAUCAAUGAGAAGGAUCGAUGCAAGAAAUGCGAGGGGAAGAAGGUGAUAAAGGAGGUGAAGAUUUUAGAAGUCCAUAUAGAUAAAGGAAUGAAACAUGGACAGCGUAUUACGUUUAGUGGAGAAGCUGACCAGUCUCCUGGCGUGGAGCCUGGGGACAUCAUCCUCGUUCUGCAGGAGAAGGAAAACGAGGUGUUUCAGAGAGAGGGAAAUGACUUGCACAUGACACACAAGAUUGGUCUUGUUGAAGCACUCUGUGGUUUUCAGUUCACAUUCCAACAUUUGGAUGGACGGCAUAUUGUUGUGAAGUAUCCCCCAGGGAAAGUUAUUGAACCAGGUUGUGUUCGCGUUGUUAAGGGUGAAGGAAUGCCGCAGUAUCGUAACCCCUUUGAGAAAGGAGACUUGUACAUCAAAUUUGAUGUUCAGUUCCCUGAGCAGAAUUGGAUUAGCCCUGAGAAAAUUGCCGAACUUGAAGAUCUCCUCCCAGCCAGACCUGAUGUCCCUGAGAUGAUUGGCGAUGUGGAGGAGGUGGAUCUGCAGGAGUUCGACAACUCUCGCGGCACUGCUGGUGGCCACAGGCGGGAGGCGUACAACGAUAGCUCUGACGAGGAGGGGGGCCACCACACUGGCCCGGGCGUCCAGUGCGCCCAUCAGUAAAACUUUGAUAAAACACUUGCAAACCAUGUUCUGUUCAGUUUUGGAUAUUUUCAGGUUUCAUCUGAUUUUGCUAAGAGCCAAGCUGGACUUUGUCACGACUUAAUCCAGAGGAACUCUGACCGACAUCUCUUCGCUGUAUAUGUAACUUUUAAUUAUAUUUACCGAAUGUAUAAUUUAAAGUCAACUAACCAUGGCACAGUGUGAGGUGCUCAAUUCUUUGACACCUAUGCAGAGGAGCGGCUGGUGAAAAUUAAACGUAUAUCACAAAUUUGUCUGUCCUUGUUUCUGCUUUUUUAAAGAAAAAUGUUUCUGUACAUUCUUUGCUUUCUGCUGCCAUUUUAAAAAAAGAGUUUUCUCGAUGUUUUAAAGCCCUUAUUUGUGUACACUUGACUAUGGGCUGAAAUCACAUGAGCUGCUAACGUAAAUAGUUAAAGACUAGUGGUGCACAUAUCUCCAAACAGCUGCAUGUCACCCCAAGUGGAACUUCAUCUAUAAGUUUGAGAGCUUCAAAAAAAAAAAAUCUAAAUAAUGUGGUUAUAAGGUUCUUUUCGAGAAUCUUAGUUCUGUGGUUGUUAAGUAAUGACUUUAAAUGGCAACAGAGGAACAUUUUUUUUAACUCUGAGCCUGUGCUUGCAAGCUGGACCCAUUCUGUUCACUUUAUAAAGCUUGGACUAGGUUUUAUUUUGCUUUAUUCUUUUCCUCCCCCCCCCCCCUUGCCUUAUUCUGGCAAAGUCUUUGGACCAUUCUGCAUUGUAACACUGAUAAUGUUUUUCCAUAUUCAAACUGUUAUUUCUGAAGUCCAAAAUUGAGUCGUAUGUUUAAAAUGUUUGUUCAAAUUAAAAAAGGUUUUGGAAAAGUUACAA